AUACUCCUCCUCUGGGGGAGGGGUCUCGGCACGGCGGUAUUUAGUUAGAUGUUUGCCCUACACCCGACACUCAUCGUGCAGCCUCACAUCUGAAGAAACCAACACAUGACAAACAUGGAGUUUAUUACAUUUGAUCUGUUUGACAACAGUACUGACAAUAUCUCUGAGGAGUCUGGAGACUUUGACAUGGACUACCUAGAGCCAUGUGGCAGUUCACACAGCAGCAACUUCAACAAGAUCUUCCUGCCUACAGUUUACGGACUUAUAUUCAUCCUGGGUAUAACUGGUAAUGGAUUAGUCCUUCUUGUUAUUGGCUAUCAGAAGAAAGUGAAGACAAUGACGGACAAGUACCGGCUCCACCUCUCUGUUGCUGACCUGAUGUUUGUUCUCACGCUGCCUUUUUGGGCUGUGGAUGCAGCCAGCACCUGGUACUUUCAAGGUUUCCUCUGCGUAUUUGUGCACUUGAUUUACACAAUCAACCUGUACAGCAGCGUGUUGAUCCUGGCCUUCAUCAGUCUAGACCGGUACUUGGCAGUUGUAAGGGCCACUAACAGCCAAGCCACAAGAAAGCUGCUGGCAAGCAAGGUGAUCUACGUGGGUGUCUGGCUGCCUGCAGCUGUGCUGACUUUACCUGACCUGGUGUUUGCAAGGGUGCGAAGCAUAAGGUCUUCGAACUUCCUCCUCACAGAUGAAGGCAUAGAGACUGCAGACUCCAGGAUCAUCUGCCAGCGCAUCUACCCGCAGGAAACCAGUCUCAUAUGGACAGUUGUUUUUCGUUUCCAGCACAUCCUGGUGGGCUUCAUUCUUCCUGGCCUGGUCAUCAUUAUAUGUUAUUGCAUCAUCAUUGCCAAGCUGUCGGAAGGCACCAAGGGCCAGGCGCUGAAAAAGAAAGCGUUAAAAACCACAGUCAUCCUCAUCCUGUGUUUUUUUUCUUGCUGGCUGCCCUACUGUGUGGGGAUCUUUUUGGAUACCCUCAUAAUGCUCAAGGUGGUCUCUGCAUCUUGUGGACUGCAACAAGCUGUGGAGAGGUGGAUAUCUAUAACAGAGGCACUUGCCUACUUUCACUGCUGUCUAAACCCUAUCCUCUAUGCUUUCCUGGGAGUAAAGUUCAAAAAAUCAGCAAGGAGUGCACUGACAAUCAGCAGCAGAUCAAGUCAGAAAGUGAAUCUGAUGACCAAAAAAAGAGGUCCAAUCUCGUCCGUUUCGACAGAGUCCGAGUCCUCAAGUGUUUUGUCAAGUUAAAAACUCAAAGCUUGCUACUUCAGUCUCUGAGGAUGUAAAGCAAAACUGUCUUAAGCUCAACUUUGCAUGGUCUCUACUUGUUUUUCUAUGUACAAAGAGUUUUUAAAACAUUUGAUUUUUUUACUCGUUAACUGCAAUUGUGUGGUAAAUAAGGAUUUUACUUGCAGUCAAGAUUUUUAAAUUUUCUUGUUUUUAUCUUUGCAACCUGCAUUGCUGUAUAAAAGCUCCUGGAUAGGAGACCUUAAUGCCGUUUCCAAGGAUGGUCUUCUAAGCCUGUAAAUAGUUCAAGCAUUUGUGUGUUUGCACUUAAGUUGUGUGAUUUUAUUUAUUUUCGGUCAUUGACACUGGAGGUUUUGAUAAAGAAAUAAACUGCAUGCUGCUUUUUUUACUUUAUUUUUUUCUGAUAAAAUAAGAAAUCUGUACAAAAAAUAAAAUAUUACACUGUUUCAUAUGA